AUGGAUUGCGGUAUGAAUGAGCAAACAGAUGUUGCAGAUGCUGCUGAUGUUGGAUUGAAUACUCAAGAGACUGUAGAAGAGCAUGCUGAUGUUCAUGCUGUACGAGGAGACCUUGAUGAUCCAGAAUUGUCGUCAUCAUCUUCUGAUGAUAUUUUAAGUGAUGAUUCCGGGAGGACAGAAGAUGGGACAGCUAUUAUCAGCGAGACCGACGCUGAAAAAGCGAAUGAAUGUCGAUGGGAAGUUUCUGUUACAUACAUGGCCCAUGAUGAUAUGUGGGAGAAUAGGAAGUGGCGGGGACGCCAUAGUCGUGAAGGCCAUCGUAAUGAUAGAGGACAUGCUAACUUUUCAUCACCAAUGAUUGCUUUGUGUAUUCGCCAUCAGUUGCUAAAAAAUGCCGAGUUCAGUGCCGCAGCCGUAAGAAAUUUUGUUCAUGACAAAUUUCAUGUGGUAAUUAGUUAUAAGAAGGCAUGGUAUGCACAGAGAAGGGCUUUAGAGAUUGUGUUUGGUGGAUGGGAGGAGUCAUUUAGGGAUUUGCCAAGCUACAUGCUUGAACUGCAGUAUAGGAAUCCAAGCACAAUCGUUGAGUGGAGGCAUAACGAGUUGUUGAGCCAGGGUCGUACUAAAGUCUUCUAUUACGUGUUCUGGGCACUUGGGCCUGCUAUACAUGCUUUCCAGGAGUGCCAACCUGUUUUAACAAUAGACGGGACUCACCUUCGAGGAAGAUUUAAAGAAACUGGCGACAGCUGGGAGUGGUUUUUGGAUCAUGUCAGGAUUCAUGUGGUGAAGUACGAAAGGGAGGUGUGCAUCAUUUCGGAUAGGCAUAAAGGAAUCCUUAAGGCUAUGCGUUCUGAUGAAUGGAAAAAGCCACCGAUAUGUCACCACAAAUUUUGUUUGAUCCAUGUGAGGAAAAAUAUCUUAACAAAACUUAAGGGUAAGGGCGGUAAAGCGAAAGGCAUGAUAUGGGCAUUGGGUGUGACAACUCAAGUACGCAAGUACAUGCGAAGGCGACGUGCACUACGGGAGGAAAGUCUUGUUGCGAUACACGAGCUCAACAAAGCCAAAAAAGAGAAUUGGUCUCUUUGUUACGAUGAUGAACUGAGAUGGGGGGUGCCCUCAACAAACAUGUCAGAGAGCUACAACAACGUGUUGAGAGGUAUAAGAGAGCUGCCAAUUAGAGCUUUGGUUGAUCUGACAUUUUGGAGAACAGUGGAAUGGUGGGCAAAUAGAAAGACAGAAAUACAACAUACCGAAGGUCGGUUGACCCCGUGGGCGAGGGACAAACUUGAUGCGAAUGAUGCGAAGGGGCAAAUGCAUUACUGUUCAGUACUUGACCGAGAAUUAGGUCAUUACCAAAUUCGAAGUCGUCCACGCGUUGAAAAGGGACAGGCAAAGGGCAAUGAUAGACAAGACGCCGAGUUCAUGGAUUUAAAGUGCAGUUGUGGAAAGUGGCAGAUGUGGAGAGUUCCUUGUUCCCAUGCGUGCACCGUUGCCAGAGAUCGAGGUAACUCUAUGUUUGAACUCAUUGAUAAACACGACCACAAAGCUACAUGGGAAGCACAGUACUAUGGUGUCUCAUUUCAAGCGCCAAGACACGAAGACUAUUGGGCAAAUCCUGGAUGGAAAUUGCGUAUCACACCUGAGCAGUUGCUUCCUCGAAAGCGCGGACAAGGCAGAACUAGGAGGAUUCCUAAUCAAAUGGAUGUCCGCAAGGAAGAUGAACUGAGAGCUCCCCGCAAGUGCAGGAAUUGCGGCGUAGAGGGGCAUGACCGUAGAAAUUGCACAGUCGGUCGUGUUAUGUAG